AUGGAUCAGUUGAACGUCAAAGAACAGCAAGAGUUCCAGAAAGUCGUGGAGCAGAAGCAAAUGAAGGACUUCAUGAGACUUUACUCCAACUUGGUCUCUAGAUGUUUCGAUGACUGUGUCAACGACUUCACCUCCGCCAACUUGACCACCAAGGAGUCUAGCUGUAUCGAGAAGUGUUCCGAGAAGUUCUUGAAGCACUCCGAGAGAGUCGGCCAGAGAUUCCAGGAGCAAAACACGUCACAUAUCAAAAAUGACACUGUCGAGUGUGAAUUGACAAAGUUUUUGUCCACACUAAACAAGCUCUUGAAGGACUACCAGAAGACAUUUGACCUAGACGACAAGCUGGAGAUGAUUGGAAGCGACAACCUACGAACCAUAAUAAGCGAAUCCGACUUCCAGCACAUUCUCAAUAUUCAUGAGGACUCCGUCAAAAUCGAUGCCACGCCGCAUAAGUUCCAGACUACACUUUCCAAUAUCCUAGUCAACACCGCAUUGAGCUAUAGUGAUACCUUGACGCUGGAGGUCAAUCAGCUAACGGAGAAAUAUCAUAAUACCGAUGAGAAUGCCAUGGAAGAACCUACAGAACCACCGCAAACAGAAGUCAAGCCGGAACUCCCCACCUCUGAGGUACCGGCCGAGGAUAAAAUGGAAGUUGAUGAGUCUCCACUGGUGGAGCAAGUUCCAGAGUCCACUACCGAAGCUCAAACCGAAAAUGAACAGAACAAGGAGCCAGAGAAGCCCACAGAGCCAGUCAAGGAAGACGAAACCACAAAGGUCGAAGAAAAACUGGUUCAAGAAGAUACGACUGCUUCCACCGAGGAGCCUGCGCCAACUGCCCCAGAAAAGCCAGAGGAUAAAGAAGAAGAAAGUGCUGGUAGAGAUGAUGUCAAGGAGCCAGAGGAGCCAGAGGAGGCUGAAGCUCCUACUGAGGCCGAGGCCGUGACAGAGGCGUACGAACAGGAGCAUGUGGAUGACAAGGUCGAAGAAGAAGAAAGUAAAGAAGAUGAGAAGUCUCCUCAAGCUGAAGCUGAAGCUGAAGAGGACGAAAAUGAGGCUCCCAAGGUCAAGGAACCUUCGCCUGCUGUGGCUACACCUGAACCUACUCAAGAUGAAAACACUGCAGAGGAACACGAGGCAACUCCGAAGAGAUCUGAACUUAUAAAGGAGGAAUCCAGAAAGCGUUCUCUAUCGCCACUGGCGGCAAGUCAAAAACACAAGCGUUUCCAGAAUAUUGCAGUCAAUCUUGUCAAAACUAUAGAAGAGCAUCGCUUCUCCUCACCAUUCUUGACUCCAGUCAAUGCGAGAGAAUACGAACAGGUUAUAUACGAGCCUAAAGACCUCAAAAGUAUUCUCAAAGCCAUACGGCAGAAGGAUGUCCAAGCAUACGAGACUGUCAAGGAAUUGGAGAGAGAUAUCAUGCUCAUGUUCGCAAAUUGUGUGAUGUACAAUAAGUCAAACACGCAUUUGGUGGAAAUGGCCAUUCAAAUGAAAAAUGAUGUCCGAAAGACAUUCAAAAUGUUUGAAGAUGCAGAAUCAGGGAUUUAA